AUGGAGACAUGGUGCCGGCGCAGCGCGGCAUUCGACUGCGUGCCGCAGCCGGCAGCCUACUGCCCUGACUGGAUGGCAGAGCUCCCCGACGCCCUGCCCCUCUCCCGCCUCUCCAUCCCUGGCACCCACGACUCCCUCAGCCUGUUUGGCGGCCGGCGCCUGCGGUGCCAGAGCUGGAACCUGGAGGCCCAGCUGGCGGCCGGCGUCCGCUUCCUGGAUGUGCGCUGCAAGCUGUCGCGGGGCGAGCUCCGCGUCUACCACCUCUGCACCUUCCAGCGGGCCAGCCUGCGGGGGGUCCUGCGCCGCACCCUGCGCUUCCUCCGUGCCCACCCCGGCGAGGCCGUGCUCAUGCGGAUCAAGGAGGAGCUGCCCAUCUUCUCCCGGCCCGGCUUCGCUGCCCAGCUGCAUCGCUGCCUGCUAGAGGAGGGACAGGGCUGUUUGUGGUGCCAGGAGGAGGUGCCAACGCUGGGCCAGGUGCGUGGGAAGAUCGUGGUACUGGAGGCGCUCACGCGGGAGGUGCUGGGCAUCCCCUACGAGCAGCUGAGCAUCAGCGACGCCUGGAACGUGCUGUCACUGGAGCGCAAGUGGGCCCGGGUGCGGCGGCACCUGGAGAAGGCAGCUGGCGGGGACUCCACCACCAUGUACCUCACCUUCUGCUCCGGCAACGGGCUCUUCACCUGCCCUGAGGAGGUGGCCCGCAUUGUGAACCCCCGCUGCUACCAGCACCUGCGGCGCCGGGGCGGGCAGCCCGUGCGCUGGGGGGUGGUCAUCAUGGACUUCCCCGGCGCGGGGCUUCUCCGGCUCAUCGUGGAGAGCAACGGCCUGCAGGCCAAUGGACACAGCACAGCAGUCCCCGGCACGCCCGCAGCGCCCUUGCAGCAUCCCCGCGGCAGGGGGGACAGACGCCGCAGCCGGCACAGCUCCGCUCGCUGCCUGCGCCGCUGCCCGUCGGGACGGACACUGCUCCCGGCCGCACGCUCUGCCGAAGGACAUCGGUGCCCGUAGAGCAGAAGCGGGUUUCUAGGUCUCGUAGAGCAACAGGAAGCCUUCGUGUGACGAUGGUGUGACGGCGGCAGAGGCAGCAGAGAGCUGGUGGUCGGAGCUGGGCCGCCCGGGGAGCUGCGCCUUGCACAUCGCUCUGCCCGGAGGAGCCAGGUACGGUGCUGGGCCAGCCAAGUCCCCUCAGCACAGCAGGGACGGUGGGGGCAGAAGGUCCUGCCUCACCUCCUUUUGGGCCAGUGAGUCCUCCCAUAAGAUCUGCAAAAUAGUCCUUUUCCUUUCAAGGGUAAAUAAAAAUAAAAACAAGCUAGGAAAGCACUCCCUAUGUUGCCUUACCAUUUCCUGUCCGAAAAGUGCAGAAAAAAACUUUUGUUCUUGCUGCUCAGAUGUGAAGGAGCCUAUACCCCUCUGCCCACGGUCAAAGCACAGUUAAAUUGGUGUCUGUGAUCAUCUUGGUCUUUAAAGCAGAGCUGCAGGAGGUCAGAGGAAUUAAUUUCAGAGAUGACAACAAAGGGAACAUCCUUUCCCUUGUUAUUUUAGCUCUUGUUUUUUCUUGCAGGGGCUUGCCCCAAAAGUCAGGACUCUUAGGGAGAGCCAACUUCAGCAAGUGCUGCUGACCCUGUGCAUGGAGAGCUGGAUGGCCACAGCAGCAGCGAUUCCAAAGGGGCUGCCCCAUCCUCGGGAUCACACACCCAGGGGAUGCUGCACAGGGCAGAGCCCAGUGAUUUGCAACAGCAUGGGCAGUGUGAGCAGGGCAGUUUGUAGAUUAACAAAAGCAAAGUGAUUGGGACAUCAAAAAAGACCUUAAAACCAGUGCCAGUGCCUGCCCUACCUGCAGAUAAUAAAUCAUCAAUUUAAAUAGAACGGCAAGUCAAAUGACAGAGGAGUUCCUUGGAGCAGGAUAACCAAGAUCCCAGAGCAGAAAUCAUCAAACUGCUGUGUGCUGACGCAGAGAGGUGGGAAAGAGAAGAGGAACUUUUCUAAAAGAGGAAAGCUCAGCCCUGGCCUGUCAAAAGAUGAAGGAUGUCCUCAAGGAUACUUCUGUCUCAGAGGAAAACACAGUGCCUGCCAGAGGGGAUGCCCCAGGAUUUCCUGGCUGGAGGAGAGGAUGUUUUUUGCUGCACAGAGGCUGGCCCUGGUUGGAGACACAGCUCUUGGUGCUGAGCAUGUUCAUCCGCUGGCCCAGAGAGAGGAACAGGCAAUAGUACACAGUGGGUGAAGAGGUGUCAGACAGAGGAAUCUGUCUCUGGGCUUGCUCUGUGAGACAGGAGAUGAUUGAAAUCUCUGCAUUAAACCGGACGUGACAAAAGCACUGGUCAUGUUCAGGGGGAUGGUGUCCUAGUCGUCAUCUGCCAAUGACUCCACCACCUGUGUUGCCUCUGCACUGAGCCAGUGUGACAGCUCUGGGUAUUGCUGUCACGCUGAGAGGA